GGUGCGCUGUGUCCCUCGGACACAGCGGAUCACCGAUCACAGAAAGAGCUGAAGAUGUCGGCUCGGUCAUGUGAUCAGCUGUGUCCAAUCACAGCUGAUCACAUCUGUCACGCUGAUCAUCAGUGUGCCCUGAUGAUCAGUGUAGCCCCAGCAGUGCCACCUGUCAGUGUCCAUCAGUACCUUAUGUCAGUGCUCAUCAGUGCCUCGUGCCAGUGCCCAUCAGUACCACAUCAAUGCCACAUCUCAGUGUCUACCAGUGCACAUAAAUGCCACAUAUCAGUGCCCAUCUGAGCUGCCUUUCAGUGUCACCCAUCAAUGCCAGUCAGUACCACCUAUCAAUGCCAAUCAGUGCAAUCUAUCAGUGCUGCCAAUCAGUGCCGCCUAUCAGUGCCAGUCAGUACCGCCUAACAGUGCCAGUCAGUGCAGCCUAUUAGUGCCAGUCAGUGCAGCCUAUCAGUGCC